UUACGCAUGCUCAUUUGCGAUCGGCCCGUUUUGUUAAGAGAAAAAUAAAAACAACAUUCGUUCGUGAAUACGUGUGCGACGAUUUGCCCGUGGAAUUCUUUGUUCGGGGAUGGAAAAUGGGGUCGUAAACGACGAGAUCCUCCGUGGAAAAUAAAGACGCAUAGCACCAGGAUGUGACUCACGGCAAGGCAAGAGUUACUCCCCCAAAGUAGACGCGGUCGAGACACCCCCCUUCCCCCCUCCACCUUGACCGUGCCAGGGGUUGUAGAGGAGGCAAGCGGCUUCCUGCAAUCGCCCCCUCCUCGCUUCGCACCCUGUCACGUCAUCCAGAAGUCUGACAUCACUUCUGCGGUAACCGAGUCAGCUGGAACCAUGUACGCCGUGCUGGAGAACAACCCGGCCGCCCGCAGCGACUGCACCAUUCUGUCACUCUCGUGGAAGGGCACGGUUCCUGAGAGCGAGAAGGACAAGAGCUACACACGCAAACGCUGCUACACGGAAGGAUGGCUGGCCACGGGAAACGUCAAGGGGAUCGUAGGGGCCACCUACACGUCCAGCCAUGCGCGCAAGAGCACAUCGUCGCCAUCUAGGACCAACUUCAACCUGCGAGGCCACAACAGUGAGGUGGUCCUCGUCCGCUGGAACGAGCCCUUUCAGAAAAUGGCGACAUGCGAUGCCCAGGGGGUGAUCUUCGUCUGGAUCAAAUACGAAGGCCGCUGGUCUAUCGAGCUGGUCAACGACCGAUCCUGUCAGGUGAGCGACUUUGCAUGGAGCCACGACGGCCGCAUGGCCCUGAUAUGCUACAAGGAUGGCUUUGUCUUGGUGGGGUCGGUCACCGGUCAGCGCUACUGGUCCUCCAUGCUCAACCUGGAGGCUAAACUGCUGUGCGGAGCCUGGUCACCAGACGACAAGCAGGUGUUACUUGGUACAUCAGACGGCCAGAUUCUCGUCAUGGACAUUCACGGUGCCAUCGUGACCCAGUGCACCCUGGCGGAGGAUCGACCAAUCAGAGCCCUCCUCUGGUCCUCGGAGAAAUUCCGCAUGAUCAACGUGAGCGACAACGAGUCGGACGACAAGCCCGACAAGAAGAAAAGAAAAGGGAGUGAGCGUCGGUCGCGACUAUGCAAGAAGCGAUGCCCCGUCAUGGCGGUCGACCUCGGCGAUAGCGAGAUCCAGUUGAUGAAGGCUUACGACGACCUGACCCCAAUCAGCAUCAAGACAGAAAUGACAGACAUCAAGAUGGAGUGGAGCAGUUGCGGCGCGUUCCUGGCCGUGGGCGGCACGCAGCCCGUGGAGAGCAUCAGCGCGGUCAAGUUCUACAACACCAACGGUCACCUGCGAUUCACUCUCAAUAUCCCCUCGCAGCGCCCCCUAUCAGCGCUGACCUGGGGCCACAAUGAUCGGCGCCUCUUUGUGGCCUGCGGGGCAAUCCUACACGUGGCCUGGGUGGAGAAGGGCGUGGCCCCUCUGCAGGUGCUCUGUCGCGAGGUCAUCACGUCGUUGGUCAACGAGGAGAAGGGUAUGGCCAAGCUGCCGCUGCCGGGCCGGCUACGGACGUACGUCACGGAUAGGCUGUCCCUCACCGUAAAGGGUUGUAUUCCUGAUCCAACCAAACUCCGAGAAUUUGGCAGCAAGCCGCCACCAGGCAAUGAGAGGCUUCACUGCACGAUGAUCCGGACUGGCGACGACGCCAACCCCAGCAGCUCAUGCUACACACUGUUCCUGGAGUACCUGGGUGGUCUGGUACCACUCCUCAAAGGUCGCAGGGUCAGUAAACUCCGGCCAGAGUUUGUCAUCUACGAUCCCAAGGUGUCCCUAGACCAGAAACAAGUCUUGGGUGAGGAAGACGACCGGUUGCCCAUCAUCUCGUCGAGCAGCAGCUCCAGCUCAGAUGAGAGCGAGGACGACGCGUUGCCGAGGAUGCCGGGAAUCCGUCGGAACGGGACGUCGGUAGGCGUUGGAGGAGGAGGAGGAGGAGGAGGGAGAGGCAGCCCUAGGCUGAACAGGGAUGGGAGUAACGGGACCGACUCCCCCAGACGGAAGGAGAGGCAGUACGACAGCUUGUUCUUGGAAAGCUUACCAGAGCAAAACCGGUUGGUGGAGGUCACCUCCAACAUCUGGGGCACCAAGUUCAAGAUCCACGGCCUGGCCCACUUCCUGCCGUCCAACCUGGGCCAGGUCAACUACCGGACAAGCCUGCUGCAUCUGCAGCCCCGCCAGAUGACCAUCGCUCUGGUGGAGCUACGGCCGGACGCCAAGCCGCGACGGGACGACGACGAUGCGGACUUCGACCCGAACGUCUUCAGCGAGGAUGAGGACGAGCCGGGAGAGCCGCCGCCUCAACCACCCAUGAACAGAGCGGGAGGGCCCGCCCCCAUAGCUCCAAUGAAAUCAACCAAUCGUAGCUUUUCAAGCAGUGACUUGGACGUCGCCGAUCAGGAACCCCCUCCCCCAGCAAUGGAAGUGCCCAGGCCACGGGAGGUGACCAAUGAGAACAUCCCCCCGACCUCCAAGGUCCAACCGGAUCGGGAACAGUUCAUUCGACAGGGGGCGAUACCAAAACGGCGGACUGCCAAUAUUCUCAAGACUUCCUUGGAAGCCACGACAACCGUGGCUGGCAGAACCGGGUCGCUGGACGUGGUGGAAAACGCCCAGAUUAUUAACGGAACCACGGAGAUCGUGGACGGGACGUUGAUUUCCAGCGAGCCUUGUGAUUUUGAGGAGUUGCAGACAGACAUGCCACGGUGGGCCGAUAGCGCGAGUCAGUUGAUCCCGACGGGUGUGGCCCAGCACCACCCUCCCGACGGUGUCGCGAACCAAUCCAUGGACCACAAACCGCUCCCGAUGGAUACCCUGGAGCCGGGCGUCACCGCAACGCAUCCGUGCAAAAAACGCGACAGCUUACGACAGACAGAUAGGGGAGAAUCCUUAGUGCAAUCUCAACGGAGCCUCAUGCCGGGGCCCCUUCGGGGGAGCCGACCUCGCUCCAGCUCCAGUCCAAAGAAUAUAAUGCAAGUGGACAACAGGACGAAUAACGGUAGUCCGCAGAAUGGCUGCGGGAGGGACAGCAGUCCGUCCGUGUCGGGCAAAUCCCCACAAGAGAAAAGAAAACGCCCGAAAUCCAAAAGCCGCAGCAGAAGCGAAAGCAGUGCCGGGACUUCGCCCAGCACUGCCGUCAAGCAAAGCGACAACGAAAUUGUACCGGAGACGGAAAAGACGAAGAAAACGUCAAAGGACAGGCGGACUUCUCUCUGCGGCGGGAGCCCGUCCCGCGGACGCAUGAAAUCCCACACCGGCGCCGACAGCUCAGAAAGUGACGCCGCCGAUAACAACAGCGGAGAAGAAACCCCGGCCGGAAGCUCCAAAUCGCGCCGUGCCAAGCUGAUGCGGCAGUACGCAGACUGCAAAUCCAGGGUGUUUGUCAUGCGAAACAAGGCCCCGCUAUGGAAUGAGAGCACACAGGUGUACCAGCUGGACUUUGGUGGCAGGGUCACCCAGGAAUCUGCUAAGAACUUCCAGGUGGAACUCCAUGGCAAACAGGUGAUGCAGUUUGGGCGAAUCGACGGCCAUGCCUACACCUUGGACUUCCAAUAUCCCUUCGCGGCCCUGCAGGCAUUCGCCGUGGCUCUGGCCAAUGUGACCCAGCGCCUCAAGUGAAAACAAAAAAUGACUUCACGCAGAGUUUCUUGCGUCGGUGGAGAAAUCCACAGUGGCAAGUCCUUUCGCUGGUGACAUCUAUUAACAUCACCACCCUGUUCGGCAAAAUGAUACGUCUGUAAAUGUUUUCGAUUUGCAGGACAGGACUUUUCCUUUAAUUGAUUGCAAUGCAAUUUUGUUAUGCAUACCCCACAAACCACGAGGUUCAUGAAAGAGAGACGGGUCGCUCAACUCGCUACUUACAACUCAAUAUUUUGUCGCUCACCGAGUGUUUACGCUUCACUGGUUUUGCGGCAGAGAACACUUCUUUGUUAAUACUGAUUCCAAGUAAGUUAGAGCACCCCCUACAUCACAGCAAAUCCGACGACAGCACUUUUCCAUAAUCUAUUGUACAUUGAGUGGUAAGAACUCUCGCUGGGUUUCAACACAUCUUUAUUAAUCGCAGUUCAACUUUUGAAUUUUGUUUUUUUAAAUCCCUUGAUUUUAGUCUGUAAAAAAAGUAGCACAAAAUGCUAGUCCAUUUAAACUGCCGUUCCUAUGCAACGUUUGCACUUGGGUCGUAAAUCAAAAUUUGUAUGAUUUUUGUUUUCGCACGCACAGAAGAUUUUAUAUCCUUCAAUUGGGGGGGGGGGGGGG